AUGUCUGCGGUCAUGCGACUUGUGUCAUACUCGCAAGGUACAUUAGACAUUCAUUGGUCCCGGACUCCCGUGCUACACUUUCAAGCCGCCCGUACUAAUGCGCAUCUGAAUCCGCUGCAGGUGAAAUGCGAUCGUCAAGUACCUUGCGUGAACUGCGUCGAUGCGGACGUAGAAUGUCUUCGCACUCGCCAAACACGAGUCCAUAGACCACGGGUCUCUCGGUUGGAGGCAUUAACCCGAAGGCUCGCAAAGCUAGAAGAGGGACGCAGUAAAGAGCCAAAGGAAUAUGCAACAAGUCAUACUACUAGCAGCGCAUCCUCGUCGUCUUCGGCCAAUCUUAUGAGUAUUAACGAGGCGCUAGAGAUGCAUAAGCGCCAUCGAGUGUAUGAGCCACAUGAUGCAGCUCCGCUACAGCCGCCAGCAAGCAAGCGCCGAAAGUCCAAGACUGUGGCCCAGCAACAUGUUCAUUCCCCUGGCUCAACGCAUCAUGUCAGCGAGGCUAGGGAGUACAUUGAACAUGAACUCCAAUGCAAUCCGACUCUUUCAGAAGAUAGACGCACUGCACUUGAAUCAGCACGCAAGUUCGUCGGUCAGUUGUCUAAUCCCACACUACAGUGGGAGGGGACUGCGGCUAUGGAUGAGGUGGAUGUGCAAGAAAGUCUUGAAGCUCCGACUCUCACGUCUGAAUUACUAUAUAUGAUGCUACCUGGACCCGACAGAAUAACUAGUCCCCAUGGAACAGUAUCCUGGCCCGAUCAUAUAUCCGACAGAACUCUGGAGCAAAUGGGCCUUGCGAUUAUCGAGCGUACAGAGUCCGAGCAGGUGCUCCAGCAUUACCGACUAACUGUCUGGGUGAAAGCCAUGGGCUGUAUAUCAAAGAUGGGCCCACUAAUCACAAGCGACUCUUUAAGGAUUCAUUUCCGCACAUUAAAGAAGAGAUAUGAAGCCAGCGCCAUCGAGAUCUUGAAUCAACUUCCGCUGGCAGCCGCGCCCAGUCUUCUAUUGCUUCAAUCAAUACUGUCAGCAGCACGCUUGAUGCAGUACCGGGGAAACAUGUCACGUUGUUGGAUGCUCACGGCACUGGCAUCAAGAAUGAUCGUUGCCUUGAACUACCACAGUAUCACGAAUAUCAGUUCACGAACCGAGAUAGAGGGAAAUAUCCACGCUUGCGUGUACACAUGCUACCACUUCGAUAAGACACUCAGCUUACUGCUCCUCCGACCACCCUCUCUACCGGAUCUGAAAGUCAGGCCAGUACAGUUAAUACACAUCGACCCCGACCUACCAACAUCCGCCAUGAUAAAAGGCAUGGUCGAGUAUUCAGAGCUGAAGAGUGCGUUACUAGAUAUCUUGCUUGACACCAAGGCGAUAGGGGACGCAGAAAAGGAGAUUAUACUAUCCGACCUAGUAGCGCGAGCUCACGUCAUCCACGCAAAUAUGCAGAUGUCCCGUCGACACCAGGAACAGCAAUUCGCUCAAUCAUGGAGCCACCUGCGGCGCGAGUGGCUGGCAAUGGACUUCAGCUACUACUCCCUUCUCACAACAAUCUUCCGAGCGCGCUCCUCGGUCCUCAAGUCCCGGCUCGUCUGCGAGAACUCCCGGGAAGCACUCACCACUCUCCGGGCUCUACAGGAAGAAUUCUCAAGCCACCUCAAUACCAUCGACUCGUACCCUUACUUCUUAACUUGGACAAUGCUGCUAUGUCCGUUAGCACCCUUCUUUGCCCUAUUCUGUAACGUGAUUGCCACAUCGAACGAGAGAGACUUCGACAUGAUGAAAAACAUCACUGAUGAUCUACACCAAUUCGCCGAGGCCAAUGCCUCCAUCGGCAAGCUGUACAAGCUUUUCUCUCUGUUCCUAGAUCUGUGUGCGCCACUAGUUAAAGGUACAUCCGGGGGGCUUCGCUCAGAGCAGCCAGUUGCCGUACUUUCUGGUGGGGACAUGGUUGGAAAUUCCGAGGGACAGGUUGGGUCUUAUCCGGAUAUAUUAGGGCGAGCUAUGGACCAGGGUAUAGACAGUCUUCGCGGCGCCGGGAUUUCUACUGCAACGCGGCCUGCAGAGGGAUGGGAUGAUAGUCUUGUGUGGGAAUUGUUCGAUAACCAGCCCUCGUUAGGGUGGGCGGAAUCGGAACUGUGGAGUGCCAUGACGCAGUUUGAUGAUACUCAAAAUGUGGAUGUGUAG